AUGGAAGAACUGGAGGUAGGGGAAGAAAGGAAGGUAGCCGCCGCCAAGCCGUCCGUGAUCCACUGGAUAAGUUCAAACGCGCCCAGUCCCGCGUGCGCCGCGCGGCCAAAACCUCAAAAAACCCUUCCCACCCUUUGCCCCGCCUCAUGCACGCCGCGUCGCAAUUCUCUCGCUCGCGUUCGUCACCCCUCCGCUAUAAAUCCCGCCACCCCGCGACCGAAACCCCCCUCCCCCCUUUCCGCCCGCCCGCCCGCCCGCGCCGCCUCUCGGAUCCGCUCCUUCGGCCUCGUUCCCCCGUCGCCUCCGCCGCCGCCGGCGAGGAGGCCGAAUAGGAGUACUUGCAUACUUAGUGGAUCCGUGCUUGGUGGCAUUGAGAUUCACCGCAAAUCUUCUGUAGCCUUAAUUUGCCUUGACUGCCUGCAGCUGGUGAUUUUUGUUCUUGAGUAUCCUAGGGAUAUAUCAAAUAUGGUGAAAAGUCCACGUUCUCCAGUUACCACAGGAACAAAAAGGUGCAGAGCAAAGCCACAAAAGAAGGGUGAAGAAUUCACCGCACAAGGAAAAUUGGUGGAUGGGCCUCAGGAUGCAACAAAUGGUGUUGAAAAGGGUGCUGGUUCUGCUACUCACAAGAGGCCAAGGAGGGCAGCAGCCUGUUCUGAUUUUAAGGAGAAAUCUGUACGUUUAUCAGAAAAAACUUCUGUUGUCAAGAUCAAGAAAAAUCGGAUGGAAGAGGAAGAAAUAGAUGCAAUCAACCUGACAAAAUUAGGGCCAGAAGAUUCGCCGCCUUGCCGGAAGUUGAUUGAUUUCAUCUUGCAUGAUGCAGAUGGGAAUCUGCAGCCAUUUGAAAUGUCUGAAAUAGAUGAUUUUUUCAUAACAGCUCUCAUCAUGCCUAUGGAUGAUGAUCUAGAAAAAGAGCGUGAAAGAGGUGUACGCUGUGAAGGAUUUGGGCGUAUUGAGGACUGGGCAAUAUCUGGUUAUGAUGAAGGUACUGCAGUGGUCUGGCUCUCGACAGAACUUGCUGAUUAUGAAUGUGUGAAACCAGCAAGCAACUACAAGUCUUACUACAACCACUUCUAUGAGAAGGCACAGGUAUGUGUUGAAGUCUACAGGAAGCUCAUGAGAUCAGUAGGUGGGAAUCCUAACAUGAGUCUGGAAGAAUUGCUUGCUAGUGUUGUUCGCUCUGUUAAUGCUAUCCAAGGUUACACUGGAACAAUGAGCAAAGAAUUCAUGAUUGCCACUGGUGAGUUUGUAUACAACCAGCUCAUUGGUUUGGAUCAGACGGCAGGCAAUGAUGAUGAGAAGCUUGUUACAUUGCCAGUUCUUCUUGCUCUAAGAGAUGAGUGCAAAUCUCGAGCAGAAUUUACCAAGAUGCCACUUAGCAUUUCAAAUGGGAGCCUGAAGAUCAAGGAUAUUGAGUGUAAAGAGGUAGCUGAGGACGAUGAUGAGAAAUUAGCAAGAUUAUUGCAUGAAGAAGAAGAAUGGAAGAUGAUGAAGAAACAGAGGGGUAACCGUGGAGUCCCUUCCCAGAAAAAUGUCUACAUCAAAAUUAGUGAAGCUGAGAUUGCAAAUGACUACCCUCUGCCUGCAUACUAUAAACCAUCUAGCCAGGAAAUGGAUGAAUACAUAUUUGAUAGUGAGGAUGGCAUGUUCUCUGGUGAUGUGCCAGUAAGAAUCCUCAAUAACUGGGCUCUAUACAAUGCAGAUUCUAGGCUUAUUUCUCUGGAAUUAAUCCCUAUGAAGUCAGGCGCAGAAAAUGAUAUAGUUGUCUUUGGAUCUGGUUUUAUGAGAGAGGAUGAUGGCAGUUGCUGUUCCACAGCUGAGUCUGCAAAGUUGUCUUCUUCAUCAAGUAAAGCUGAUAACCAGGAUGUAGGAGUUCCAAUAUAUUUGAGCCCAAUCAAGGAAUGGGUUAUAGAAUUUGGUGGCUCGAUGGUUUGCAUAACCAUUCGAACUGAUGUUGCUUGGUACAAGCUACGGCAGCCAAUAAAGCAAUAUGCUCCUUGGUGUGAACCUGUACUGAAAACAGCAAGGCUUGCUGUCAGCAUCAUCACCCUGCUAAAAGAGCAAAGCCGUGCUUCAAAGCUUUCUUUUGCUGAUGUCAUCAAGAAAGUGGCAGAGUUUGACAAAGAGAAUCCUGCCUUUAUAUCGUCCAAUAUUGUACUGGUUGAGAGGUACAUUGUGGUACAUGGACAGAUCAUACUUCAGCAGUUUGCAGAUUUCCCUGAUGAGACAAUUCGACGUAGUGCUUUUGCUACUGGCCUGUUGAUGAAGAUGGAGCAGAGAAGGCAUACAAAGUUGUUCAUGAAGAAAAAGGCUCAAGUAACAAGAGGAGAGAAUCUGAAUCCAAUUGCAACAAUGGGAACAUCAUCAAAAAGAAAAGCAAUGCGUGCAACCACAACAAGAUUGAUCAACAGAAUAUGGAGUGAUUACUAUGCACACCAUUUCCCUGAAGAUUUGAAGGAGGGAGAUGGAAACGAAGCAAAAGAAGUUGAUGAUGAACAAGAAGAAAAUGAAGAUGAGGAUGCUGAGGAAGAGGUACAGAUUGAAGAAGACAAGGUUGCAAAGACUCCACCAUCAACACGGUCUCGAAAAUUGGUAUCACAAACUAGCAAAGAAAUGAGAUGGAAGGGUGAGCCAGCUGGGAAAACAACUUCUGGAGAAGCUUUAUACAAAUGUGCGUAUGCACGGGAACUCAGAAUAGAUGUCGGAGGGGCAGUCACACUGGAAGAUGAUUCCGGAGAAAUAGUCAUAUGCUUUGUUGAGUACAUGUUUCAGAAAUCUGAUGGUGCAAAAAUGGUUCAUGGAAGGAUUCUGCAAAAAGGCUCAGAAACUGUUCUUGGCAAUGCUGCAAAUGAAAGGGACAUUUUCUUAACUAAUGACUGUUUGGAGUUUGAACUAAAGGACAUCAAAGAAUUGGUCUCUGUCAAUCUCCAAUCAAUGCCUUGGGGUCACAAGUAUAGAAAAGAGAAUUCUGAAGCUGAGAAGAUUGAGUGGGCCAAAGUGGAAGAGAGGAAAAAGAAGGGUCUGCCCAUGGAAUAUUUAUGUAGAAGCCUGUACUGGCCUGAGAAGGGUGCCUUCUUCUCUCUACCUCGUGAUAAACUGGGUCUUGGUAAUGGUGUCUGUGGCUCUUGUGAGCACAGAGAGCCGGACUGUGAUGAAUUAAGAAUACUUACCAAGACCAGCUUCAUUUACAGAAAGGUAACCUAUAGUGUCCAUGACUUCUUAUACAUUAGGCCUGAGUUUUUCUCCCAAGAGGAGGAUCGUGGCACCUACAAGGCAGGAAGAAACAUUGGCCUGAAGCCCUAUGCAGUUUGCCAUCUUUUGGAUGUCUGUGGACCUGCUGGUUCUAAAAAAGUUGACCCUGCAUCAACAAAAGUCAGUGUUCGAAGAUUUUAUAGACCAGAUGACAUUUCAACUGCUAAAGCUUAUACAUCUGAUAUCAGAGAGGUAUACUAUAGUGAAGAUAUAAUUAAUGUGCCGGUGGAUAUGGUAGAGGGAAAAUGUGAGGUCCGAAAGAAGAUAGAUAUCUCAAAUUCAGACCUUCCAGUAAUGAUUGAACAUGUAUUCUUCUGUGAGCAUUUCUAUGAUUGUGCCACUGGGGCUCUCAAGCAGUUGCCUUCAAAUGUAAAGCUCAUGUCUGUGGCUCGCAAGGCAACUGGUGCUUUGAAAAAGAACAAGGGAAAGCAGAUCUGUGAAAAUAAUGAAGUUGAUUCAGGCAAAUGGAUGGAGGUGCCCAAAGAGAGCCGUAUUGCAACUCUCGACAUUUUUGCUGGCUGUGGAGGUUUAUCCGAAGGGUUGCAGCAAGCUGGUGUGUCAUUUACAAAAUGGGCAAUUGAAUAUGAGGAACCAGCUGGUGAAGCAUUUAGGCAAAAUCAUCCGGAAGCUGCUGUGUUUGUGGAUAACUGCAAUGUGAUUUUAAAGGCAAUCAUGGACAAGUGUGGGGAUUCUGAUGACUGUGUCUCAACUUCUGAAGCUGCUGAACAAGCAGCUAAACUUGCUGAAGAGAAUAUUAAAAACCUUCCUGUCCCUGGUGAAGUAGAAUUCAUAAAUGGCGGUCCUCCCUGUCAGGGCUUUUCUGGCAUGAACAGAUUCAACCAAAGCCCAUGGAGUAAAGUUCAGUGUGAGAUGAUUUUAGCAUUCCUCUCUUUUGCGGAGUAUUUUCGUCCCAGAUUCUUUCUUUUAGAAAAUGUCAGGAAUUUUGUUUCGUUCAACAAAGGGCAGACCUUCCGACUGGCGGUUGCAUCUCUUUUGGAAAUGGGAUACCAGGUUCGUUUUGGAAUCUUAGAAGCAGGUACUUUUGGUGUUGCUCAGUCCAGGAAAAGGGCAUUCAUUUGGGCUGCUGCUCCUGGAGAGAUUCUUCCUGAUUGGCCAGAACCGAUGCACGUGUUUGCUAGCCCUGAACUGAAAAUAACACUGCCUGAUGGCAAAUACUAUGCAGCUGCCAAAAGCACUGCUGGUGGGGCACCUUUCCGUGCAAUAACUGUUAGAGAUACAAUUGGGGAUUUGCCGAAAGUGGAAAAUGGUGCAAGUAAACUCGUACUUGAAUAUGGAGGUGAGCCUACCUCUUGGUUUCAGAAGAAGAUCAGAGGUAGCACUAUUGCAUUGAACGAUCACAUAUCUAAGGAGAUGAAUGAAUUAAAUCUCAUAAGAUGCAAACAUAUUCCCAAACGACCUGGUUGUGACUGGCAUGACCUGCCAGAUGAGAAGGUGAAGCUAUCUUCUGGGCAAAUGGUGGACCUGAUACCUUGGUGCUUGCCUAACACCGCUAAAAGGCACAAUCAGUGGAAGGGUCUGUAUGGGAGGUUAGAUUGGGAGGGCAAUUUCCCCACGUCUGUGACUGAUCCUCAGCCGAUGGGCAAGGUUGGCAUGUGCUUCCACCCUGACCAGGAUAGGAUUAUCACGGUCCGCGAAUGUGCGCGAUCUCAGGGCUUUCCUGACAGCUACCAGUUUUCGGGCACCAUUCAGAGCAAGCACAGGCAGAUUGGCAAUGCUGUGCCACCCCCUCUUGCCUUUGCGCUUGGGAGGAAGCUGAAGGAAGCCGUUGAUGGGAAGCACCAGCAGGCCUGACACCGUCCGUAGAACUCCCAAGGGACAGAAUCACCAGCAUUCAAGUUUCUCCUCUAUUGUGCGUGACUGGUAUGAACUGUCUCGAGCCAGCAUUCAAGCCACAUACUGAUGUCACGAUGUGAACUAUCAUGCAUGAACUUGUGAUUUUAUUGGUCUCCUUGUAUAUUCUUAGAUUAUUGUUGAUUGGCGCCCAAAUUCAGAUUUGUGAUUGUAUCCAAACAUUGCACGUCACAUGUUCUGGAGCUAAGAUAUAACAACGUUUCCUCAUACUCGAUGUUUGGGGAUUGAAGUC